AUGGAUAUUAUGGGGACUGUCACUUUCGCCUUCGUCGUUGCUAAGCCGUUGAUGGGCUCAAAGCCUCCUCUAUUGGUGAAACAGACCGUCACGGCAGAAUGCCUGCAACCUGUGGGUCAUGGAGAUAUCUGUUCCAUUGAAUCAGUCAUCUAUCCCGCGAGAUUCAGUAUCGUUAACAUCAGAAAGGACUCGGUCAAAACACUGCUAGUCACAGCCAUCUUCAGCUUGGGGGGAAUCAUUUAUCGUGGCUUCUCGUUGAGCUAG